UCACCUAAAAAGGAGAGAAAUGUAUGCCAUGAAUAACAAAAGCAGAAAGAAUUGUUUGGUCAAGGAUAUGUCACGAAAAUUUGUACGGGUCGUGCACCUGUUUUGAUGAGUUCAAAGAUCGGAGUGCACUCUGGGAGCGGCGCAGACCCGCCCCUUGAGUUGACACCAGUAGUGCCUCCUGUGUACCUUAGUACACAGUGGCCAAACAUCAAAUAUUUACCGUCUAAUAUUUUGACUUCGAAUGUUGCCCCGUAGGAAAAGUUUACCGCGCAGUUGGGACCCACGCCCACUGCUCUCAGACCUACGGCGGUCUCUCAGGUCCAAGAUGGCGUCCUCCAUAAUAAGACGGCGAAGAGAAUCCAACAUGGCGGCACAAGCAGCCACCACUGACGACAUCCAGGACAAGAGGAUGCGCCUGCGCGACAACAGACCGAAAAGUUUCCACUCGGGAGCCCACCCUGGAGAGGCUCUUGGUCUAAAGCCAGGACAGCCGCUGUCGGUGGAGGACAUCCAGGCACUGAAGGCCGCUCUACAGGGAGGCAGGCCUGCCACUUUCCACCCGGGAAUGCUCUCUCGGAACAAGAGUGCUGAAGACGGGAAGCCAACAAGAGUGAAGGAAAUAACCGCCAAGCUGCGGCCGUACUUGGACAGUGGUGAGAUGCCCCCAGUGUCUGUCUACAAGGAGCUAAAGGACAGGCUGCUGAACGAAGACGUGAUGAAGCGUCUAGCCGAAGUGUUCCAGCUGAUCUCCGUGUUGCUAGUGAAGACUGACGCUAACACCACAAGUCUCAGACUCCGAUUCAGCACCUUGGACAACGCGCACGCGCUCUGGACACACAGCGCGCUGGGGCUGCUGGAACCGCUCAUAGAAACGGUGCUGACGUCACCAAUGAGGUCCAGUGUCGGCAUGGAAGAUCUGCGCAUGCGUGUUGACGUCGAGGAAGAGGACUACCUUCCUGUAUUCGAAACCUUGUCAGAAGGUGACUACUUUGUGCGGGUGAAAGACAGCAAAGGCGGCCCGAAUCCCCAAGAGGACAUUCAAACUCGACAAGGGGAAGUUCUACGGGUGGUGGAGGCCGACGACGUAGCGCAGCUCAAGGUGGAGUCGCUAGGAGGCGAGCGGACCGGCUCGAUCCUGCGAGACAACGUAGCUCACGUAGGGCCGUUCCAAGAUGACAUGCUCAAGCGGUGUACAGAGAACAGAAAGGACCCAGAGUCCGUUCCAGUCAUCAGUGAGGCAAAUCUCCAAGGGAUGGUCCCGGGAACCUACGUGGUUGAGGAAGACUUUGAGGCUAAGGCUGGUGAUGAGAUCAGCGUACCGAGUGGCACACGAGUCGUCGUCGCAAUGGAAGACAGACCCGGCCCGCUCGUCGACUGGUGUCUGGUCCGGUGUCCAGAUGAGUCUAAACAAGGAUUCCUGCCCAGAUCCUGCCUGAAACUGGAGGAGGCAGAUACCGUCGACCCGACAUCCCCAGCCAUGGAGAAAACAGAUCCCUUCGGUUCCCUGGCCAGCGGAAACAACGGCGAUACCCACUCCAUCGGCGCCGUCAGUCGAGCUGUCCUGGACUGGUAUCGACAGAAACAUUAUGACAGUGGACUUAAAAGUUGCGCAGACGCUGCUGUGGCUUCACUCAAAGCUUUGACAUCCAGAGAGACGACACGAAGCGACAGCAGAAGGUCAAGUUUGGGUGACCUUGCAGCUAGUCAGGAGAACAAAGAUGGCGGUGAGAUGCGGCCUGGAGCAACCGCCAUCUUGACUCCAGCUGCGAAUGCUGGUCACUCGCAAACAAGUGCUGCAGGAUCGCCAGUGCAGGAAGAGAAUGAAGAACGCGCACUCGAGGAAAACGGGCACCCCACCACGUCCGAGGGAGACAAGGAGAACGUCCACUACCUUAGGAGCAUCCUCAAGUCUGCCGAAGAAAACGAAGACCUAAAGGCGGUUUCAGACAAUCUUCACAAGCUCCUCCAUGUCUUAAUUCGUGAAGACGGAGAAGAGAGCCUUGCUGAGUCGGCUCAGUGUGCCACGAAACUGCAAGAGGUAGCUGUUAAACUUGAAGACGCUACAACUCAGGUGGCGGCCGAAAUAUUUUUGGCCCAGAUAAGUAGACAAAAAGGAGACUUUGCCAAAGCAAGAGACCAUUUCCAUACAGCUACAACAUAUCAGUUUGAAACAAAAGGUAUGGAUAAGGGGUUAUUGGCGAGACUGUACUGUGAGAUGGGAAGUCUGUGCGCAGAAAUUGGUGACUGGAACGGGCGGAACGUUUCUUUGGAAAAAGCGCUGUCGCUGUUGAACCAUAUUGUUCCUGGCAAAUCAGAUGACAUGCUACAUGACAAUACCAAAACCGUAAUACACCUGUAUGAGUAUUACUUAUUCAAGGCCAUUCUCGCUAACGAUUCCAAGACCGAGAACAAAAUGUGUAGACAGCUUUUCCACUUGUACGGCCAAGCGAACACCUUGCGUUGGAGCACGAUGUGUGCGGAACGUGCCCUACUCAUCAACAAGGCAGAAGAGAGACCCACGCUGGGGGACUUCUACAAUCUCCACACUCUGUAUACCCAUGAAGGGAAGUGGUGCUCCGCCUCCAUGUGUCUCAAAAAAGUCUUGGAGUACGAAACAACUAACCCCAGCUUGUAUCUCAAGCUCGCCGAUCUGUGCAUCAAGAUAGGGGCCAGCAGUACACGGAAAGAUGCAGACAGGAAGGUGGUUCCCAGCGAAACAAGGAAGUACUUCCAGAGGAUUCUUGAUCUAACGGCCGGGUCGGAAAACCGCUCGUUGCAGUUCGAGGCCCACACGGGUCUCUUUGCUGUGAACGGGGGGAAGAACGACAUCGCUGCCGCCGUCCACCAUCUUGAGGAGGCCAUGUCACUCAGUCAGGAGCUGGGAAUGGUUACCGAGCGUCUCGAAUUGCUGACGGUCGCAGGGUCUUUCUACCAAGAACGAUGUCACGAGGGCAAGGUGGCAACAUCGAAACUAGAGGAAGCACUGUCCUUAGCCAACCAAACUAAGUCCGAGCUCGGGGGAGGCAUCGUGUGUAGCAAGCUCGGGCUAGUGUUGCAGUGGCAGGGCUACUACAAACAAGCUGAGGGGUACCUAAAGAGAGCACUGUUACUCAGUCUGAGGACGAACAACAAGGUUAAUGAACUCAUAUCGUACGCUAACAUAGCCAACCUGUACAAAGAUUGGAAGAACUUCUACAUCGCAGAGAAGUGUUUACGGAAGGCCCUUCUGAUCGACGUAACAGCCGAAGAUGAAAAGCUUGCUUUCAACUGUUACGCAGACAUUUACGCUGCACUGGGAAACAUCUACCUCUUCCAUCUGGACGAUAAACUGGCAGCAAAGUGUUACUACGAAAUGGCGCUGGCCGUUGCCUUGUGGAAUAGCGACAAACGUGGGCAGAUGCACCUGGCCAACUUCCUGGGGAAUUGUCAGGGAGAUCUCAACGAUGGCCAGGAGGACCAAGCACCCAAGUACUUCCAGUUUGCCUUACCUCUAGCAGUGGAGCUGAGGGAGAGAUCAGUGGAGGGGAUACUCAGGGCGCGACUGGGGGAGAUGCACCUUAAGGCGGGCAACCACCAGGCGGCACUCAGCCACACGAAGGACAGCCUCGGCAUAUUCAUAGACUUGGAUGACAAGAAGAACGAAGCCAGGACGUGGAAGGCAACCGGUGACAUCUACAGCAGUAUGGAGUCAUAUGAACUGGCCGAUAUGUACUAUCAGAAGGCAAAUAUCAUAGCGACAGACAUUGGGGAUUUGGAGGAACAAUGGACUGUUUGCCAAGCUCUCGGGAAUCUCUACGCCUACAGUAUGGAUGAGCACGGAAGAGCUGUUAACUUCUUUCAACAGACAGUCCUCCCUUUGGCCGAGAAGUCUGGAGACACUAACAAGGAAAUCCUAGCUCACAAUUGGCUGACCCACCUUCUGCAUAAAGUUAACAGAUACGAUGAUGCCAUCACCCACGCACAGCGCGCCUGGCGGCUCAGUGCAGACGUAAGCGACCCUCUCAGUGAGCGCGUGGCCUGCCUCCGCCUGGCUCGCCUCCAUCUGUGCCAAGAACAAUACGAGCUCGCCGAGCAUUACUUUCUCCAGGCUCUCUCGCUCACCCACGGGGUGUUCGUGGAAGACGUGGGUUGCAGGUACUACCUGAACUUGUACUCGACUCUAGCGGACAUCACUUUGAAUCACAUGAAGGACGCGAGGGACGCUGCCACGUACUACGAGAUCGCGCUCGGGCUUGCCAUGCACGGGGACUUUAAGAAAAAGGAGAUGUACGUGCUGACACAGUUGGCCAAGAUCUACCACACACAGCUCAAUGAUAAGGAGCUGUCACUAGAGUUCUACCGUAGAGCCAGGGUUCUUGCUACUGAGCUGAGACAAUCAUCAGGAUCGAUGUGACUUGGCACGAAAGAGAUGACAUCAAAGACCCAUCAAAGAAUUCAAACAAUACCAUCACAGAUAAUCACAGUGCCAAAUGGCCUGUACAAGGGAGCAAGCAAUGGCACACCAAAAGGCCAGUUUUCACGACGAAAUCUUCUUUAAACUGACCCAUCCGUGUUACACCCAAAUCAUAUAAUGAAUUUCCAAAAGCCAGGAAAGGAACUCGGUGAAUUGACGUGCAAAAUCAGACAAAAAUGGUUGCUAGUCUGGGCCUGUUCCUUCUUCAAUUCUUUGUGCCAUUAUGACAGCAACUAAGGAAUGUCCCUGUACAAAUGUUAUCAUUCUUGUAUCACAGGGUUGUGUUCAAAGGGCUACAAAGUCUAGGCAUGUAUUUUAAGUUGUUUCUUGAAAUCUUAGAGCCAGACAUUAUUCUAUGUAUAGUUUGAUUUAAACCUUUGGUUAUAACUUGUAUACUUUGAUAAAGGUCCCAAUGAUGUAUUCAAUAUUGGUGAACUGUCAGUAGUGGAAAAUAUUGAAUGUAAUUAAUAUUGUGCAAAAAUCUAGUCUUUGGGAUAUGUUGCCAAGUGUAAGUACCAGAUGAUUCUGAAGUAUUUUCCAAGUCACCAGUAAAAUGUGAUGCUUCCAAUAUCUUUACUAUGAUGUAUAGAUACCAGCAAUUCUGUCUUUCAAUCCGCAAGUAACCAGAGUGCACACCACUACAAAGCCCUAGAAAUUGCCAUUGUCAGAGACAUGGCUGUUUGUGAAUGAACACUUUCAUUAGUUGUUAAGUUUUUAACAAAACCAAGUACUUCAUUGAAAACCAACAUUUCAAUUACCAUCUGUCACCUUCCUUGGGGCAAAUCUGUUUGUUUCAAAUAAGCAUCAUUGUUAAAAGAUGCGGCCCAAGGUCGACAAGAGUACAAUAGAUGUACCCAUUGGAUAAAGAUAUAUCUCUCCCUAUCUAUAUAUCCAAAUUUAUAUAUGUGUGCCCCAAGUAUCACAUAGUUUUACAUAUUGUAAGCACUUAAAUUUUGGAACCGCAUCAAUUAAGAGUGGCACCUACUUGUGCACUGCAGAACUAGUCAGAGUUGCCAAAAGGAAGGUGACU